CCAAAUUGUUGUACAACUUCACAAGCUGGCCGUGAUCUCUCUCUCUUUAUCUCUCCCAUUUUAUCAUUCACCUGCUUCACUCCAAAAUGUCUACUCAUUCGGUGGAUGUUAAUCCGACCGAGUGUGUAAAAAGUGUAGACGCAUCAUGCAGUGUGUCUGAGAUUGAUGAAUAUGAUUUCUCCAGAUUUCCCGAGAGGCCAAGGAAUUUAAACAUGGAUAGGGAUAGGCAAAGAUCGUUUGAUGAGAGAUCGCUAGUUGAUUUGCCAUGCUUUUCACCUCCAGUGUCAUCCAGAGCAGACAACAUUUCCAGAAUAGACCACUUUGAUAGCUUACCAUUUUCUCCUGCACAUAGGUCCGGCUUUGACACUCCUAGGUCAUUUGGGCACGAGGGGUCUCCAAUGAUGGCAGAGGCUUGGGAUGCAUUGAGGCGUACAUUGGUCUAUUUCCGGGGAAAACCAGUCGGGACUAUUGCGGCACUGGAUAGUUCUGAAGAGAAGCUCAACUAUGAUCAGGUGUUUGUCAGAGACUUUGUCCCAAGUGCAUUAGCAUUUCUAAUGAAUGGAGAGCCUGAGAUUGUCAAAAAUUUCCUUCUAAAGACUCUUCGCCUCCAGUCAUGGGAGAAAAAGAUUGAUCGCUUCCAGCUUGCGGAGGGUGUGAUGCCUGCUAGUUUUAAAGUCUUGCAUGAUCCGGUCAGGAAUACCGAGACUCUGAUGGCUGAUUUUGGUGAGAGUGCAAUUGGAAGAGUAGCACCUAUUGAUUCGGGAUUUUGGUGGAUCAUAUUACUCAGAGCAUACACCAAGUCCACUGGAGACACUUCCUUGGCUGACAAGCCUGAGUGCCAGAAGGGUAUGCGUUUAAUACUAAGUUUAUGCCUUUCAGAGGGUUUCGACACAUUUCCAACCCUCCUCUGUGCAGACGGGUGCUGUAUGAUUGAUAGGAGAAUGGGUGUCUAUGGUUAUCCAAUUGAAAUACAGGCACUUUUCUUCAUGGCCUUGAGAUGUGCUCUAGUUUUACUGAAGCAAGAUGCUGAGGGGAAGGAGUUUGUAGAACGAAUAGUUAAGCGUCUUCAUGCGCUGAGCUAUCACAUGAGAAGUUACUUUUGGUUGGAUUUGAAGCAGCUGAAUGAUAUCUAUAGGUACAAAACAGAAGAAUAUUCACAUACCGCAGUCAACAAGUUCAAUGUGAUUCCAGAUUCUCUGCCAGAAUGGAUCUUUGACUUCAUGCCAACACAUGGUGGUUACUUCAUUGGAAAUGUUGGUCCUUCAAAAAUGGAUUUCCGCUGGUUUUGCUUGGGCAAUUGUAUUGCAAUUUUAGCUUCCUUGGCAACUCCAGAACAGUCAAAUGCAAUUAUGGACCUCAUAGAAUCACGCUGGGAGGAGUUGGUGGGAGAAAUGCCUUUGAAGGUUUGUUAUCCUGCAAUUGAAAGUCACGAGUGGAGGAUCGUGACAGGAUGUGACCCAAAGAAUACAAGAUGGAGUUAUCACAAUGGCGGUUCGUGGCCAGUUCUUUUAUGGCUCCUAACAGCUGCAUGUAUCAAGACUGGUCGCCCUCAUAUUGCAAAACGUGCUAUUGAACUCAUUGAGCUGAGGCUGGCCCGAGACAGCUGGCCGGAAUAUUAUGAUGGUAAGGUUGGUCGAUAUAUUGGAAAACAAGCACGCAAACAACAGACCUGGUCAAUUGCUGGUUACUUGGUGUCGAGGAUGAUGUUGGAAGAUCCUUCUCAUUUGGGGAUGAUAGCUCUGGAGGAAGACAAACAAAUGAGGCCACCAUUGAGAAGAUCUGCUUCAUGGACAUUUUGAUCUCAUGUCUUACUCCUUGUAUCAUAAUCUUCUCGGAUUCUGUGAAAAAACAGCUCAAGGUUUGGAAGAAGAGAGUAGGAUUUUGGUAUUUGUAGCUUUAGAUUUGGGAAGAAAGACUGGUGAAAUGAUGUUUUAUAUCUUGUCACAAAAGGAUAUCCUGUUAGUAAACCUGGAAUAAUUUUAGCGUGCA